AUGAAGCGUGUUACUUCACAUAUUUCGCGGUUUUUACCACUUGUGUUGUCGCAGCGUGGCUUGUCGACUUACGCAUCACCUCAUGUCUCGUCCAUGCGUUACUAUGGAGCUACAAAAUGUCUUUUGGCUUCCACACCAGACACUCCCUCCUUUCAGUGCGGCGAAUGCGGUAAGGCUUUUCGUCUUAUAAAUGCCUUAAAUCAUCACAUUAUGACCAAGCACGCAGGGAAGGCAAAGGCUAUGAUGAACAAGGGGGGUAAGUUGGAGGAAGUAAACCCUGAAGAAAUAAAAAACAAACCGCAAGGGGCAAUGUCGCAACCAACAUCACCGCCACCGUCAUCUUCGACGUCCGGUACGGAGGCCGCAUCAACCUCACCAACGCAUUCAAGCUUUCCCGGAAUACCGUUUUCACCCGUGGGUGGCAUAGGGCUCGUUGGAACUCCAGUAGGUGCUGCCUCUCAUGUCGUUAAUACUACUACCACUGCUGCUAAUUCUGCUUCUGGAAAUGCCCUUUCCGACGAGAACGCGGACAAAAAAACAUUUGUCUGUACGAUUUGUCAGAAAACAUUUCGGUUGGAAGCCGCCCUUCAACACCAUUACCAGGCGAAGCACAACAUGGAGAUGCCGACAUCAUCUUCAAGUUCUGGCGGCGCCAGUGCUCAACCAGUGCUGCAGGGUGGCGCCACUACAGCAGGUGUUGGAAGUGUGGGUUUUUCCCAUACUGAGGAGGAAACUGGCAGAUCAGCCAUGGGAACACAAUAUGUUCACAGUCAAGAAACAAUACUCCCGCAAGCCCCGCAAUAUCAUCUUGAUGUCGCGCCGAACGCACCUGAGGAGGGUGAAGUGGCUGCACAUUGGCGUUGUGUCAAUCAUUGUGUUAUGUUGGGCGUGGUGCAAAACAUUCAGGAAGGGUUUGUAUUUGAAGACAAAGUUCUCCAGUUUACACUCAUCACAGACUUCGAGGGACCCUCUCCUGGGGACCCGGAUAAGGACUUUCAUACAGUUCGUGUGUUUGAUAGCGAUUAUAGUUCGAGGGUGAAAGAGCAACUCCGUGACGGUGAGUGGUUCCUCGUCACUGGCAGACUGCGCAUGGUGCCUCAAUAUGAUGGUUCCAUGCGAAAGUAUUACCACUAUCCUGUCAUACAAGUACACCCGGGCUGUGGGUCAGUGUUGAAGGUGUGA